AUGCGCGAUGUACGUCGACGAGAGAGACUGGCAGGACUGAAACGGACCUCAAGACAGAAUCGGGGGCAGAAUGCCUCCAAGGGGACUGCCACUGGGGAACAGAGCUUGGCACUACGGACUUCCCCUCCGUCAUCUAAUACAGCGCUUCUGACCGAUGAGAGGCUCCUCCCGACAUUAUAUCGAAGAGGACGCCCAGACAGAUGGAGUGCUGGAUAUCCGUUGCCUCUCUCCUCGAACCCUAACCCACCAGGAACGUGGUUCUUCGAUCCUUUCUUCACGUUUCCAGGUACAGCCAGGACAGCCUCGGUGGUGGCGCCUUUGGUAUACUACUGGAAAACCGUAUUUGUCCCAAUGACAUUUCCCAACACGAGCAAAAAUGGGCUUGCGGAAAUGGAACUGAUGGCCCGAACAUCGUUCUCGGAUCCAGGCAGUUUCUUUGGUCUAAUGAGCAUGUGUGCUGCACAUCGAGCCGUAGUUGCCAGCCAGCAUUCGGGGGUGUUUGACUCUGAAAGUGGCCGGGAGGCUUUACUGGUGAAUGACCCGGACUACUGCAUGAUGAAAGCAAUGUCCAUCCAAGAAAUGUGUGCCAAGGUACAGGAUCCGACCCGUCGUCUCAGCAACGAGGCCAUCGAUACCAUCAUCAAUCUUCUUACCGGCUCGCUAAUCGUCGGCGAGUUCAAUGAAGUGCAUACUCAUUUGACAGGGCUGAAACGCCUGGUUGAUAUGCGAGGUGGGAUAGCCGAUGAUAGCAUUCGCUCUUCUUCCAUGCUUGCUGCCAUUAUCACCACCGAUGUGAAGGCUGCCUCUGGCCUAAUGACCAAGCCCGUCUUUGAUUUGACCUGGGAUGCCCAGCCCAUUCCAUCAGAUAUCCAGGUGCGAAUCAGGCCGCCGGCGUCGUCGCCCCUCCAUCGUCUGGGAUCGGCAUUCUUUGCCAACAGCCUUCUCAGCCCUGCUCUCCUGCAGAUCUUGAAUGUUAUCCGAGACAUGGUCUUCUUCAGUAUCACCCACCAGACCAAUCCCACCGUGAUCCAAGCCAAUGACCAAGACUUCUUCCGAGUCCUGAAUUGCGAGGCCGAACACCAGCUUCUCAGUUAUAUUUACACAGGUGAUUUCCCCAAUCCUGAAGCUGCCCUUCAUCCCAUCGAAGCCGUGGUCCGAGUGGCAUCCAUCUGCUUCCUCAAUCAUCUUCUCAUUGUCUCGCCUUCGUCAUCUGGACUGGGACGGGCCCUCACCAAACACCUCCGAACGGCAGCAACUAACUGCAGUUUCUCAUUUCUUCUGGGCCUACCAAACGAGAAUCUCCGACUUUAUGCCUGGGUGUUAUUCAUUGGCGCUCAAGGCUCCUUGGGCCAUCUUGAGAGACCAUGGUUUGUAGAACGUCUGGCGCGGGUGUCGAUGAUUUGCGGAUGGCAGUCUUGGGAGCAGGUUUCUUUUCUCAUGGCUGACUACUUUUUGAUUGACUUUGACAGUUUGAGUUGGCGUACAAUCUGGGACGAAGCAAUGACUGGGUUUGUGAUGUCUGAGUCGGAGGAAUCGGAGUUUUCCUAUCUUCUAACAGACUUUUGA